AUUUUUGUACCAAAUUUCGAUAAAAAUGAAAAAACAUUAAAUUUUGUCACUAUUGAAGCAAAAACUAACCAAAAGAAAUUCAUUCCCUAAUAAUUCAAAAACUUUUUCAUCAACCUUUUUGAAAAAUUGACUGCAAGAAAUAUAUUCGUUAACUAAAAGUUAAUACAAUAUUAAUGUUUUAAAUGUAUAAAGAAGUAUAUAUAUUAUCUACGGUGCAGUUUAAUUUAAUGUCUGUGCUGGCUAACUUGGGAGUACCCGGUUUAUCUAGCAACUUAUAUCACUCGAUGUUAAAGCCAUAUGAUACAAAAUUUUAUCAAAAUUGACGUGAGAAGUAAUAAUACUAAUUUUAGAACUGACAAAGAAACUGUAAAAAAACGCAUAAGUUGCAUUCAAUUCAAAUGUAUUCACUGUGUGUAUGGAUAGAAAAUGUUUUGAAAGUUUAAAAAUAAGAUGAUUUUACUGUUACUGAUAUUUAUGUACCUUUAAACGGUAAAUAGAAAGUAUUAGUCAUAUACAUAUUUUCAGGAAAGAAAAUUUUUGAAAAUUUCUCACUUGUAACUAAAUGCACUUAAAUGCUGAGCAACAGAAAACUAUCUGGGGCCUAAAUUUAAAAAGAUUUAAAAAAUAACUAGUGAUUAAUUUUUAGAGCCCACACUUUCAACUCAUAAAUUAAAUAAUGUAUGAAACAAAUUAAAAAUUGCAAUUACAUAUUUGAAAUGAGUUUGCACGUAUGAUAUAUUGCAACUAGUUGGCCUGAACAAGCAUAUUAAGUCAAAACAUAAUUUUGAGUUAAAUACUUAUGGGCAGUUUGAAUAUUAAUUUGCUUAUCGUCAACAAUUAUGUGGCAAUAUUCCUCUGUUAGUUCAACAUGUUAUUAAAAUACAAAACAACAGCAUUAAACCGCUUAAGUUGAAUAGGCUAAGUGACGUCUGAUGAACAGCUGAUGUUACAUACACCCCUCAUCAACUGCCACUCAUUGUAGUGCAUAUAUUAUAAAACUACAUAUAUAAAUAGACCAAAUAACUACUAGAGAUAUAGGCCCUGCCCUUGCCUUAUGUACUGAAAAUUUUAACUUAAAAGAAAAAUGGGCUUAUAUUGUUUGCAAUGGGCAAAUACUCUGAAAAUCCCAUCUAACUAUACAUCAAAAUCUGAAAUCCGCAAUGGGCGGAUGCCGCUAGUUAAUGUUUAACCUAGAAUAAAACGAAAGAAGAAGAACUUUUCUACGGCAUGUAAUGUGGUGUGUUUGUAGGUUAUUGAUAGUAUAUUAAGUUUUUUAUAUUGAGAGCAUUUUUAUUGUAAUUAUAUUUUUUUACAUUUAUUUUUCUUCACAAAUAAACCUAGAUUCAAUCAAUUAUGGAGUAUUUAAAUGAUUUCCCUGAGCAACAUUUAGUCAAGACCAUGCAUUGCUGCAAUUGUGGGCUAUCAAUUGAGCCAAAUCCUUCCAAUAUGUGUGUGGGCUGUUUAAGACAUGAAGUAAACAUUACUGAAGGUAUUCCAGAACAAGCAACACUCUAUUUUUGUAGAGGAUGUGAGAGGUAUUUGCAACCUCCUGCAGAUUGGAUCCAUUGUGAUUUAGAAUCCAGAGAAUUAUUGGGGUUAUGCCUAAAGAAGCUUAAGGGUCUAAGUAAGGUUAAACUAGUUGAUGCAAGUUUUGUUUGGACCGAACCACAUUCAAAAAGAAUAAAGGUAAAAUUGGUUGUUCAUGCAGAAGUGAUGGGUGCAGUACUCCAGAAGCAAUUUGUAGUUGUAUACACUGUAAAUCAUCAAAUGUGUGAUGACUGUCAUCGUUCAGAAGCUAAGGAUUACUGGAAGGCGUUAGUCCAAGUGAGGCAAAAAGCUGAAAACAAAAAGACAUUUUAUUACUUGGAACAGCUUAUCCUUAAACACAAAGCACAUGAACAUACAUUAGGAAUUAAACCUGUUCAUGGUGGUCUUGAUUUUUUUUAUGCCACAGAGGCACAUGCAAAAAAAAUGAUUGAUUUUCUGAGUACAGUACUUCCCUGCAAAUAUCAGCACUCAAAAAAACUGAUAUCCCAUGAUAUUCAUAGCAAUAUUUACAACUACAAAUUUACAUACUCUCUGGAAAUUGUUCCUAUAUCUAAAGACAGUGUAGUGUGUUUGCCAAAAAAGUUAACUCAGGUUUUGGCAGGUAUAUCCCCAAUUUGUUUGAUUUACCGAGUUACUAACACAUUGCAUUUGAUAGAUCCAUCCAGCGGUCAAAUUGCAGAAUUGAACAGUGUUACUUAUUGGCGCAAUCCAUUCAAUGCAAUAUGUAAUCCCAAACAGUUAGUUGAAUAUGUUGUGAUGGAUAUUGAACCCAUCAUGGACAAAGAUAGGAAAUUCUUUCCUGGGCAAGGAACAAUUUCUCAAAAACAUGUUCUAGCUGAUGUAUGGGUCGUUAAAGCGUCAGAACUGGGUAUAACAGAGAAUACCAUACAUUCAAAGACCCAUUUAGGGCACAUCUUAAAACCUGGAGAUUCUGUGAUGGGUUACAAUCUCCAAGACAGCAACAUAAACGAUAUGAGCUUUGAUAGUCUGGACAGAGACAACAUCCCAGAUGUGAUUUUGGUUAAAAAACACUUUGGCGAAAGAGCUGCAAGGAGGCGUCAGAGAAUUUGGAAGUUAAAGAGAUUGGCUGAAGAUGAUAUGGGUUUAAGUGUUGAUGGAAAUGAUUUUAAUGAGUUUAUGGAUGACCUGGAGGAAGAUCCAGCUUUACGAAAAAAUAUAAAUAUAUUUAAAGACAACAGUAAGCCGAUCGCAGUUGACUCCAAUGAUCUUGAUUAUGAUGCUACUAUGCCGAGGAUUACCUUGGAAGAAAUGCUAGAUGAUCUGGUAGUGGAUGAUGUUGAAAUGGCUGAGUAAACCACAUAGUUUUACUUUUUAUCUAAUGUUGACAAUGAAAGCAAGAAAUAUGUAAAAAUAAAUGAUAUAUUGUUAAAUUUA